AUGGAUGAACAUCCAGGGAAUCUAUCAAUUUUCACUCAUUCUGGUAGGCCACUGGGAAAAGGAAAGGUUAGAUAUCUCACAGAACAAGAAUUUCAAGCAGCACAAAUGUACAUCUUGUUGAAUUGUAUAGAAGUAAAACCGUACAUUGACAUUUUUGUUAAUGAGUUACACAUGGCCAAUCCAAAUAUCAAUGAUAAACAAGUUGAUGAGAAACUAGAGCGUGAAUUUGAUAAGUGGUUCAAUAAAUAUGUUCACAAUCCCUCCAACAAUAUAUCAAGCCAGUUUUUAAAGGAUCUAUCAAAGGGUCCAUUAAGAAGUGUUAUGUGCUACAAUAGUUAUGUAGUUAAUGGUUAUAAAUUUCACACUAAAGGUUAUGGUUCGCAUAGGGCAACGAUGAACAGUGGGGUAUGUAUCAAGGGGACUAAUUACAGUACUAAUGAAAGUGACUACUAUGGACAAUUAAUUGAAGUGCUACGAUUGGAGUACCCUGGAUUACCAAUCAAAAGAACUGUAUUGUUUAAAUGUGAUUGGUUUGAUCCAACACCAAAUGUGGGAACAAAGAUUCAUCCAAAAUAUAAACUUGUGGAUAUUAAUCAUAAAAGAUCCUUCAAUAGGUAUGAACCAUUUGUUCUUGCUAUCCAAGCCUUCACGAGAUCUGUUAUUGAUCUUCCUGAGCAAGUGAAUGUGACAACUCCCCCUGCGCGGGAAGAACCAUUUCAAGAAGAUGAAAUGGAAGUCCCUUUGAUUCAAAUUGACGAUGAUGAUGAUCAACAACAAUAUUUGAAUGAUCAAAACGGUGUACUAGUUGAAAUUAAUGAAGAGGAUGUUGAAGAUGAAGAAGAGCUUGAAUUGAUGCGAGGCAACGGUCGCAGGGGAGGUUUGUUGGGUCAUUCACAGUCAAGGCGCACUGCGGCAGAUGAGCCCAAUGAUCAACUAGACCAAUCUACACAGGGUCAGCCUCAGGUUCCUUCACGAUCCACUGGGAGGUCGACACCAGAUCCAGAGGGGUCUACUGCUUCAACACAGCAUCGAGCUACACCUCCACCUCCACCGCCACCACCUCCACCGCCACCACCUAUUACCCCAUCUUCUGAGCCUGCAAUUGGAUCAACCUCUGGUCAUGAAGGUCAUUCAGUUGGGGCAGCACCAAUAUCAUCGAUGGAUGGCCUAUCACUCACUACAUUUGGAAGAAAGAAAAGAAUAAAGCUCAUUAAUGGCACGUUACAUCCAUCUGAGGAAUGUGCUAAGAAGAUGAAGAAUAUCUUCAAGGAGAGGAUGGACCCAGAGGGGCACUGUUGGAAAACUAUCACGCCUGAAACAAAAGAGUUUUACUGGGAUGAAUUUCAAAAAUACUUUGAUUGGCAAGAGGUGACUCCACUAGUAAAGGAAGCUUGGAGGCGUAAGGCUGCAGAGCGCUAUAAGGCCCUAAUGUGCAAUGUCAGGAAAAGGAAAUCCAAGGUCAUCGUGCCUAAUAGUAAAAUGCAAAAAUGGAAGGAGGCAUGGAGUAGCCCAGAGUUUAAAGCCAAGAGCCAUCAGUUCACUGCUAACCGUUGUAGUGAGAUAGGGGGAGUUGGGGCGUGCAUCUCUAGACACACAUGGGGUUCGGGCCACAUGCUACUCAUGCAGAUAGAAUGGUAA